GAAUUAUGAAACAAAUGUCUUUCGUAUUUUGUCCGCUACUUUUUAAUGUGACUUUCGCGAAGUUGGAAAUAAUUUUGUGAGAAUAAUUGAUAUUUCGUCCAAGAUUUUGUCUGACACUCGCAAUAAAACGAAGAAUAUAGCAUCUGAACUAAUCGAAAUGAAACGCUGCGUGAAAAAUGAAUCCAAACAUCACCUUUUUGAUAAAUUGGAUGCUAGUGAUGUUUGGAAGGAUUUUAAUUGUCCAAAAUAUAUUCCUCGCACGUGUUAUAGAACUCAUAAAUUAACGAAAGAAAUAUUUGAUUUUAAUAACCAAUUUGAUACAAAUAUAAACUAUAUUUUACGAAAGUUAGAUGAACUUAUAUCUGAUCCAGUAACAAGUAAUAGUACACCCCGUAUAUGUAGACUUUUGUACGAAUAUCUUCACGAAGUAGACGAUAAUGGUUAUAAAGUGAAAGAUUUACCGACGGUAAUAAAAGUAUUACCAUUUUUGGCUAGGAAUGUAAAAUCAGUCAAAGAAUAUGAGUUGUAUCUAGAUCAAAUGUUAGAGCUUUGUAAUUUAACACCUUUGUUGGAAAAAUAUUCGGAAAAUUUAAUUAUUUUUGAUAUUAUGGAACAAUAUUUUACAUUAUUGGGGCAUCUUCUUGAGAUUUUACCAACUGAUAAACAAAUAUUAAAAGUCCAUGAAGCCCUUCACUCCUUGUUAUUAGGGACACACUCUACAAAUGUUGCAGCAGUAAAACUUGAAUAUUGCCAUAGAGUUAUGGAAAAAUCUAAAUUGCCAAUAUCUGUGACCAAUUUAUUAAAAGUUUCUGUUCCAAGCAUGUAUCAACAAGUGCUAGAAUUGAUUUUUCUACUUUCAUCUAUAUCAUAUACAUGCUCUCACAGAAUGCUAGAAGCUGGUGUGCUUAAUACAAUACUUGUUAGAUUUGAUCUUCCCUAUGCUACUCAACUACGUUGCACUAGACCACCCGAUGCACUAUUAAGUGGUACAGAAUACUCUGAUGAUAUGACUUUCUUAAUAAUAAAUACUUUAUGGAAUCUGAUCAAAUCUGUUCUUCCUCCUAGCAACAUCUCUAUUGAUUUAAAGAAUACUUUAACAUGCGUGCAAUGUGGCUUAUGGGGUUUACGGUACACGUUUGAAAGGCAAAUAUCCUACAGCCAACAUCGAAGUAACAGUAUAAAAAUUAGAAACGAAAUUACUGGCAUUAUUCUUGCAUUGUUGGUUACUUUCCCCUCUUGGAAUUUCGUUAGCAGUGGUAUAGCUGAUAAAGUUAUUAAGUUUUUUAUUGGAGUUGAGACCGGCAAUUUAAUGGUAAAGAGAAAACUCAUGGAAACCAUACUUCAACUUGUUAACCCUAAUGUUGAUGUUUCCAAAGUUACAUGGAGUACACCACAGUUUUGGAAUUUAUGGGCAUAUGCCAUAAAUGCCUUAGCAGUGUUAGCACCCAAAAUGCCAAAAGAAUUCAUUAUUAAUGCUAUUGGACUGGAGUUUAAGUACAAAGCCUGA